AUGACCAUUGCGGCUUCAUCAAACCCUCCAGAGGUGGCAUACCCUGCCUCCUGGUACGAUGGGGAGGGCCGCCUCAUGCUCAAGAACCUGACGCUGGAGCAGCUGAGCGACUGGGUGGUCGCGGCCCUGGGCGAGCCACGGUCCAGGGGGAUGCAGCUGUGGCGCGCCCUCUACCACAGCUGGCCCCUGCUGGAGGACCUGCGCCCUACGAUAGGCACGCCCAAUGGCUUCAGCGCCGCGUUUGUGGACCGGCUGACCCGGGUGGCCAGCCUGGGCGGCGGCAUGGAGGUAGCCGGCGUCAGCACUGCGCCCGACGGGACACAGAAGCUGGCUUGCCGCCUGACCACCGGACCCGCGGCGGGGAUGGAGGUGGAGUGCGUCCUCAUCCCCAUGCCGGGGUCGAAGCCACGCAUGACGGUGUGCAUCUCCUCCCAGGUCGGCUGCGCCCAGAACUGCCAGUUCUGCUUCACCGGUCGCAUGGGCCUGCUGGGCCAGCUGUCGCCCGCCCAGAUCGUGCAGCAGGUGGUGCUUGCCAAGCGCCAGGCGCGCCCCGGCGGCGUGGCCAAGCCUCCGGAUCCUUCAUCAGGGCCUGAAGUGCCCGUCACCAACGUCGUGUUCAUGGGGAUGGGCGAGCCCCUGCACAACGCCGGCUCCGUGGCGGUGGCAGUGGAGGUGCUGACCCACCCCCAGGGCCUGGGCUUCCCCGCCAGCCGGGUCUGCGUCUCGACGGUGGGCCUGGUGCCGGAGAUGCGGGCCUUCGCGGCGCGGAGCCGCGCGGCGCUGGCGGUGUCCCUGCACGCCACCACCGACGAGGUCCGCAACUGGCUGGUGCCCAUCAACCGCCGGCACCCGCUGCGCGAGCUGGUGGCUGCACUGGAGGAGCUGUUCCCUGCAGAGGCGCAGCGCGCCGGCCGCCACGUGCUCGUGCAGUACGUGCUCCUGCGCGGGGUAAACGACGGCGAGGCGGACGCCCACCGCCUCGCCGACCUGCUCGCCCGCGUGCGCUGCAAGGUCAACCUGAUCGGCUUCAACCCGCACCCGGGCACGCGCUUUGCGCCCAGCGGGGAGCGGGCCACGCAGGCCUUCCUCGCCGUCCUGCGGCAGAGGGGUUGUGUGGUGAUGCUCCGCGCCUCGCGCGGCGGGGAGGAAAUGGCGGCCGUGUACAGAUCAUACUGGGCAACAUGA